GAUCACCAUCUGUUUCACAACCCAACUCCACUCACCUGGAAUAACUACUACACGGGGCGAAAUAGCCAAAGUAGCUAACGCCUAACUUCGCCGCCAGAGGACGGCAAGCAAGCAAGCAAUUUAAGAUUUUGUCACGUGUUUCUGCCGAGAUCUGUUAUCUCCAUAUGAACAAGGUGGAGAGAAUACAAUAGUUCUACCAAGAUGUCGAAAAUGUUGACUGGAGCUGCUGUCGUAGCUAAAGCUUUACAAACGCAGGGAAUUAAAUAUCUCUUUGGAGUUGUUGGUAUUCCAAUUGUAGAAGUUGCACUUGCAGCUCAAGAAGUUGGUAUUAAAUAUGUUGGAAUGAGAACCGAACAGUCGGCAUGCUAUGCAGCAAGUGCUAUGGGUUAUUUAACUAAGAGACCUGGUGCAUGCUUAGUGGUGUCAGGACCAGGAUUGAUCAAUGCUUUGUCUGGACUGGCAAAUUCACAGGUAAAUGGAUGGCCUUUUUUAUUAAUAGGUGGAUCAAGUGAUGAGGAUCAAGAAGGAAGAGGUGCAUUCCAAGAAUAUCCACAAGUUGAAGCCAGUAGAAUGUAUUGUAAAUAUUCUGCUCGGCCUACCUCUAUAGAAAAUAUCCCAUUUCACAUUGAAAAGGCAGUAAAAUGCAGUAUGUAUGGGCGACCAGGAUCAGCUUACAUUGAUAUACCAGGAAACUUUGUUGUAGGUGAAGUCUCUGAGGAUAAUCUAAAAUUUUAUCCUGAAGUUCCUGAACCACCAGUUAUGCUUGCCUGUCCUGAGCUUAUUAAAAAUGCUGCAAAAACACUAGUUAAAGCAGAAAAACCAUUAAUUAUUAUUGGAAAAGGUUCCGCAUAUGGUAAAGCUGAGAGGGCAAUAAAAAACUUUGUUGAAAAGUAUAAUUUGCCAUUUUUGCCUACGCCAAUGGGUAAAGGUGUUGUACCUGAUACUCAUCCUUUAUGUGUUUCGUCAGCUCGCUCAAAAGUUCUGUUGGAGUCAGAUGUUAUUUUAUUGUUAGGAGCACGUUUGAAUUGGAUAUUGCAUUUUGGUCUACCUCCAAGAUUUUCACCUGAUGUUAAAAUUAUACAGGUAGAUUUAGUUCAAGAAGAAUUACACAACAAUGUCAGAGCUGAAGUGGCAUUAUCGGGAGAUGUUACAGCUAUUGUGGAACAAUUACAUAAAGAAUUAGAACUAACUUCUUGGAUUUUUCCACAACAAAGUAAUUGGUGGAUGACAUUAAAAGAAAAAUGUGCAGCAAAUGCUGCAGCUGUUCAGGAAAUGGCAAAUGAUGAAUCGUUACCCAUGAAUUAUUAUGCAGCUUAUAAACAAAUAAAAGAUAUGCUACCAAAUGAUGUCCUUAUUAUAAAUGAAGGUGCAAAUACUAUGGAUAUUGGACGAACAAUGCUUCCUAAUAUAUUGCCAAGACACAGAUUAGAUGCUGGUACAUUUGGAACAAUGGGAGUUGGUUUAGGAUUUACUCUAGCUGCUGCACUGUGGUGUCAAGAUUAUGCUCCACAAAAACGGGUAGUUUGCGUUAUAGGUGACAGUGCUUUUGGAUUUUCUGGAAUGGAAAUGGAAACCAUUAGCAGAUUUAAACUUCCAGUUAUUGUCAUCAUUAUAAACAACAAUGGAAUUUACAGUGGACUUGAUUUGGAAUCUUGGAAAAUGUUGGAAGAAGAGAAAGUGAAUGUUGGACUCAGCAUUCCACCGAAUUCACUCCUUCCUUCCGCACGAUAUGAAAAUAUUGCCAUGAUGUUUGGAGGUAAAGGGUUCUAUGCCAGUACUCCAAAAGAAUUGAAAGAAGCAUUAGAAGAAAGUCUCAAAACUAUAGACCAACCAUGUAUUAUUAAUGUAGCAAUUGAUCCAGUAUCACAGAGAAAACCACAACAAUUCCCAUGGUUGACAAGAUCAAAAGUAUAAGUAAAACACUUUAAUUAAUAAAUUUUAUAUACUAAAUAUUUUUGUUAAUUUCAAUAUAUAUAUAAAUGUCCUAUAAAAUAGUUUAUAUUUGGAAACUGU